AUGAAGAAUGGAAAAUUUGGUGGAGACGACGGGAUUAGCGCAGAAAUGCUAAAAUAUCUCCCUCCGUCUGGGAUUCGUGAGAUGACAAAGAUCAUCCGUUCAGUAUGGAUAGAUGAAAGGAUACCAGACUCGUGGAGACACGAUAUCAUAAUUCCCUUCCACAAGAAGUUAUCCGUCACGGACCCUUGGAAUUAUCGAGGAAUCUCUUUGCUGCUUGUUAUGUACAAGGUAUUGGAGCGCAUUAUCUUGGACCGACUCAUUAAUCAUCGCGAAGAAACAAUGCGCGACGAGCAUGCUGGCUUUCGUCCUGGCCGAUCUACGAUUGACCAGGUGUUCAUCGUCAGGAGAGUGAUCGAAAUCUGGCAGCGGUAUUCGAAGCCAAUGCAACUAGCGUUUCUGGACUUUGAAACCGCGUUCGACUCUCCUCACCGAGGCCGUCUUCUCAACGCGCUCCGGAGUACCAGGAAAGUUCAUUCGCUUGCUUGA